AUGGGGCAGCACGACUGGCUGCAAGGAAGAGAACAGCUGGAUUUGGAACAGCCGCAGGGGGAGCAGCAGGAUUGGCCGCAGCUGGAUUUGGAACAGCCGCAGGGGGAGCAGCAGGAUUGGCCGCAGCUGGAUUUGGAACCGCCGCAGGAGGAGCAGCAGGAUUGUCCGCAGCUGGAUUUGGAACCGCCGCAGGGGGAGCAGCAGGAUUGGCCGCAGCUGGAUUUGGAACAGCCGCAGGGGGAGCAGCAGGAUUGUCCGCAGCUGGAUUUGGAACAGCCGCAGGGGGAGCAGCAGGAUUGGCCGCAGCUGGAUUUGGAACAGCCGCAGGGGGAGCAGCAGGAUUGGCCGCAGCUGGAUUUGGAACCGCCGCAGGGGGAGCAGCAGGAUUGUCCGCAGCUGGAUUUGGAACCGCCGCAGGGGGAGCAGCAGGAUUGGCCGCAGCUGGAUUUGGAACCGCCGCAGGGGGAGCAGCAGGAUUGGCCGCAGCUGGAUUUGGAACCGCCGCAGGGGGAGCAGCAGGAUUGGCCGCAGCUGGAUUUGGAACUGCAGCAGGGGGAGCAAGAGGACUGGCCGCAGCACGGGGAGCAAGAGGACUGGCCACAGCACGGGGAGCAAGAGGACUGGCCGCAGCACGGGGAGCAGCACAACUGGCAUCCGCAGCAGGGUACACACGAAAGCACUGUCCCACAAGUUCCACAGCUGGCCCCACAAGAUCCACAGCCAUCACCGCAGCCACCACACUUGCUCUGCUGGAGGAAGCAGCCCUUGGAACCGCAGCAGGGGGAGCAGCAAGAGCUCCAGGGGCUGCAGCAGCAGGAUUUCCCACAACAGCAGGAAGGGGAGCAACCACACUUCUUGCAGGGGCAGCCGCAGGGGGAGCAACCCCAUUUUUGGCAGCAGGAAGGGGAGCAACCACAUUUCUUGCAGCGGCAGCCGCAGGGCGAGCAGCCGCAUUGUGGGCAGCAGCAGGGGGAGCAACCUCAUUUCUUGCAGUGGCAGCAGCAGGGGGAGCAACCGCGUUUCUUGCAGCGGCGCUUCUUGCAGCAGUGGGAGGAACCAUGCUGCUUGCAGCACCAGUGGGAGCAGCCACAUUUGGAGCAACGAGUCAUGCUUGCAGUGGAGAGCAAAGCAAAGAUCUGA